CCAUCGUACGAUAUAGGUCUUGAGGACAAAGAUCGAGAAAACACUGUUCACAUGUUGUUCUUUACAUUUUGAUUUAUGAAUGUUGUAACGUUCACAAUGACAGCUAUGAAGAAAGAAUAUUUACGAUAUUUAAUUGUUCUGGUGUUCAUAAAAUGCACCUUUUCACAGAACUCUGGCAAAUGUUCCAUGUACGGGGAAUGUCUGGACAGGCCCACAGGAAACUUGAAUUGUAACUAUGAAGGAUCACCGAAAGUAAUGAACGAAUCGGAGGGACUGGACAUUCUGCGGACAUACUGUCCGAAUCUGGUCACGAGUGAUCAACCAUUAACAUGCUGCGAUUUGGACCAGCUGAGAUCAUUCAAGAAGAACAUGGGUGUUCCACAACAGCUGUUGCUCAGAUGCCCGUCCUGUUACUACAACUUUCUAUACCUCUUUUGCUAUUUCACGUGUGAUCCAAACCAAGCAGAUUUUGUGAAAGUAAAGACAAAGAUGCUCAAUGUUUUUAAUCCCAGCGAUCCACGUGAAAUAAUAAUGGAGGUGGAUUACCAUGUGAGUGAAGAUUACGUAUACGGAAUGUACAAUUCUUGUAAAGAUGUUCAAAUGCCAAGUACAAACGCAAAAGCUUUAGAUAUCAUCUGUGGAAAGCCUGCCGCUGAUUGUACUGUACAAAACUGGCUAGACUUCAUGGGUUCUACUGCCAAUGGACAAACACCAUUCACCAUCAACUAUCAUAUACAGAACACAUCAGCAGCUGAUAUUCGUCCAAUGAACUACAGUACAACCCCCUGCUACAAGAAAUAUGGGAAUAUGUCAGCCUGUAGUUGUCAGGAUUGCCAAUCCACGUGUGCUCCCCUCCCUCCCCCUCCAAAGCCCAAAAUACCGUGCACCAUUGACGGAGUGGACUGUUGGUUCUUUGCAUCACUUGUUACCUUUGUAGUGUUUUCUUUCUUCUUCAUCUUUUUUGUCGUAAUUUCUUUCUGUUACAAUCGUGGCACUUCUGGCGAAAAGCAAAUCAAUAGAGACACUGAUGUGUAUAUUGUUGAUAAAAACAAAACAGAGAAGAAAGGGGUGUUCAAGGAAGAACCAAAAGGAAGUUGUUUUCAGAAAUGGGGUUUGUGGAUGGAAAGGACUUUGGAGAGGAAUUUUCAUCGCUGGGGAAGGUUUUGUGCUUUGAAUCCUUUAAAGAUAAUUGUUGCUGGCAUCAUUUUGGGAGCUGUCUUUUCUGUUGGAAUAGUGAUGUUUGAAGUGACUACAAGUCCAGUAAAGCUUUGGUCUGCUGAAAAAAGCAGGGCCAGACUUGAAAAGAAUUACUUCGACAACCAUUUCGGCCCAUUUUAUCGAACUCAGCAACUGAUCAUCACACGUCCAGAAAACGCCACAGGUGUCAGACAUGAAGUCCCAGGAGUGCAAUAUGGUCUUUACCGGAAUUACACUUCCAUAUUCAAUAAAGCCUUUUUACACAAGGUUCUCGACCUUCAGCUAAGUAUUCAAAAUAUACAAGCAGACUAUGAAGGAAAGAAAGUGACACUUCAGGAUAUCUGCUUCCAGCCUUUGGCUCCUGAUAAUACUCAUUGCACAAUACAAAGUAUACUGGAAUAUUGGCAGAACAACCAUACAAAGUUAGAUAAAAUCAAAUAUGAUGAUUAUACAGGGACAUUUCUUGAAGGCGAUUACUUAGACCAUUUUUCAGAUUGUGCAAGAGCACCAGCGUCUGUGUCAGAUCAGCAUCAUCUCGACCUGUCAUGUUUAGGAGCAAGUGGUCAGCCAAUCUUUCCAUGGAUAUCUCUUGGUGGUUUCACAGGUGAGAAUUAUAAUGAGUCCACAGCUAUGGUCAUCACAUUUGUUGUUAACAACCACGUCGACGAAGCACAGAAUGAAAAAGCUAAGGCCUGGGAGAAAGAAUUUCUAAAUUUCAUGAAGAACUUCUCCGAUCCUGAUAUGAUCAUUGCUUAUUCAGCCGAGCGUUCCAUUGAAGAUGAAAUUCAGCGUGAGAGUGCCUCAGACGUUUGGACGAUAGUUAUUAGUUACAUAGUUAUGUUUGGGUACAUCAGUAUUACACUGGGAAAUUUUGGACAAUGCUCAAGAUGUUUUAUCACCUCCAAAACAAGUCUGGGACUUUGUGGAGUUUGCAUCGUCCUGCUAUCUGUAUCCUCGUCCUUGGGUCUCUUCAGCUACUGCGGGGUUGCUGCCACAUUAAUCAUCAUUGAAGUCGUUCCAUUUCUGGUUUUAGCUGUCGGAGUCGACAACAUCUUCAUCCUUGUCCAAGCUUUCCAGAGAGAUGAAGCUCUUACUGGUGAGGAGCUUGAAGACAGAAUCGGAAGGGUCCUAGGCAAAGUUGGACCAAGUAUGCUCCUGGCUAGCUGUGCUGAAUCACUUGCUUUCUUCUUGGGUGCCCUGACGGAUAUGCCAGCAGUACGAGUAUUCUCCCUUUAUUCAGCCAUGGCGGUUUUAUUAGAUUUCCUGUUUCAAAUAACUGUUUUUGUUGCAAUUAUGACGUUGGAUGCCAAAAGAGAAGAAAGCAAUAGGCUGGAUAUUUGCUGUUGUGUACAACUGGAUAAAACAAAGAAAGAAAGAAACUCCGAGGGAAUUCUUUUUAAAAUUUUUAAGAACUUUUAUUCGAAGGCUUUACUUUCCAAAGUUGUUCGACCAAUUGUGAUGAUCUUGUUUGUUGGAUAUUUCUGCUUCAGUGUUUCUCAGAUUCAUAAAAUAGAGAUUGGGCUUGAUCAAAAGCUAUCCAUGCCAGAUGACUCGUAUGUUCUGAACUAUUUCGGGAACCUGAGUGAGUACUUGCACGUGGGGGCCCCAGUGUACUUCGUCGUGGAAGACGGUGUUGAUUACACAACAAAGGAUGGUCAAAACUUAGUAUGUGGGGGGACAGGGUGUCCUGAGGAUUCCGUAGUGGGUCAGAUUAGCACAGCUGCAAAACAAGCAAAUUAUACUUAUAUUGCCCAUCCCACAUCGGCUUGGAUAGACGACUACUUUGAUUGGUUAAGACCUGGUGGUGAUCCCCCAUGUUGUCGGAUCUAUAACCACACUGGAGAGUUCUGUGCAGCCACAGUGGAUAAUACGAGUUGUCUAACUUGUCCAGUUCAAAAAUCUGCUGAUGGCCGGCCUGUUUCUCAAGACUUUAUGAAAUUUUUACCUUGGUAUUUAGAAGACAACCCUGGAAUAAAAUGUGCAAAGGGAGGCCAUGCUGCAUAUGGAAGUGCGGUGAAUCUGAAAAAUAACAAAAAAGCUGUUGGAGCCACUUAUUUCAUGACGUAUCACUCCAUAAUGAAAGAAAGCAAGGACUAUAUCACGGGAUUGUUGGAAGCUAGGAAAGUAGCAGACAAUAUGACAACAAUGUUAAAAAUAAAAACGGGGGGAAAUUCAACUAAAGUCUUCCCAUACAGCGUAUUCUACGUCUUUUACGAGCAAUACUUGACCAUUGUUGAGGAUACAGUACAAAACUUAUGUAUAUGUGUUGCCGCCAUUUUUGUUGUGACCUUUAUAUUACUUGGAUUUGACAUCAUUUCCGCUUUGAUGGUGGUAAUGACUAUAGCUAUGAUAGUGAUUGACAUUUUAGGAUUCAUGUCCUUGUGGAACAUCUCAAUUAAUGCCGUUUCAUUGGUCAACCUUGUUAUGGCUGUAGGAAUAUCGGUUGAAUUUUGUGCACACAUUACAAGGGCGUUUGCCGUCAGCAACCAUCGAGAUAAAGUCGAAAGAGCAAAAGAUGCAGUAGCUCACAUGGGCAGUUCUGUGUUAAGCGGUAUUACCCUGACAAAAUUGGGUGGAAUAAUUGUUCUAGCCUUCGCAAAAUCGCAGCUUUUCCAGGUGUUCUAUUUCAGAAUGUACUUAGCAAUAGUUGUAUAUGGUGCAACUCACGGAUUAAUAUUUUUACCUGUCUUGUUAAGCUACAUUGGUCCUCCAGUGAACAAAGCCAAAUUAAAUAAUAAAGAACCAUUUGAAGAAAAUUUACGUGCAAACGGACACACAAAUCAUGCUUAUAAUGAUGACUUUAUAAAGACGACAAGUUUAAAGAUAUUAGAAAAUUCACAUUUAUGA